AUGGCCGGUGUUGAGAAUAAUUGUAAGUGCCACGCAAUUUACAACGGACAUGGACAUAUCAAACGACGUGCGAGAAAAGAAAAAUUCCUUGGAUCAAAGAGUCAGUUCUGCGCUGCCUUCUACCAUGUUCACGAAUGCGAUUACCCACAGGAACGACGAUUUAGAGAGCAUUUCUGUCUCGACGAGGACCAUUGCAUUAUCGCUCAGGAAGCAAAGAAACAUAUCAAGAAAUUUGUAGACGAGGCAACGGGAUUUGCCAACAAAGCGAACGAAUUUGCCAAGGAUGCAAAGGAACUUGAACAGGGCGCAAAAGAAUUUGCCAAGAAACAAAAAAUAUGUGCUGAGAAAGCAAACGAAUUUAUCAAGAAAGGAAUACAAUUUGCCGAGAAAGCAAAAUUAAUUAAGAAGGAACCAAAGAAUGCAACCACAAAAAUUGCCACAAAAAUUGCCGGGCAACUUGCCGCAAAGGCAAAUGAACUUCCUGAGAAAGCAAAGCAACUGGCUGUAAAAGCAAAGAAAGCCGUCAACGCAUGGUGUGUAGAACCCGAUGCAGUAGUCGCUGUUGUAAAUUUCGAAAAAAUAGAUGGAAGAAUUCUAUAUGAAGCAAGAUACACCAACUGCAGGAAAGAGAAAAAGCAUGCCGAAGAUUUCUUCAAAGAAGACAUAGGAAACGGAGUAUUGGCAGAAAUAGUGCAAGAGAAUCCAAAUGGGACUAUAACCAUGUAUCUCACGCUUCAGCCGUGCAACAGGUCCACAGGUGAAACAGAAAAUACUAACCUCGACCAAAGCUGUUGCGAUAUACUUAAAACGAUAGUUAGAGAAAGGCUGCGGAACAAUGGCCGUAACAUAAAGUUGUGCAUUAAAGCAACUCAUACGAAUCUACGUCUAACAGAACAAGACGACACGCUGCGACAGAAUGCUGAAAGAGGAAUAAAGCAGUUGAUGAGAAUUGAAGGUGUAAAUGUCAGCGGGAUGACACCGGGAGACUGGGACUAUCUUUUUUCCAUGACCAAAUAUAUUCCGCCUCGCAGGCAUUUAGAUAGAGGAGUUCAGGAUAUUUUCGAACGAAUACAUACAAUUAAUAUACCUUGA